AUGGGCCGCUUGGAUCCAUGGGGAGCAGGAACAGAUCCACUCGCCGCCCCAAUCCUGGAGCAAGACGCGUGCUCCGAGGGGGACACGGAUGGGGAUGAGGCGCCCUGGACGGGGCCCGUUCCUCACGCGCGUUCCCUCCCCUUGCAGAGCCGCCUGCCCGGCAUCAAGGUGAAGUACCUGCUGGUGCUGUGGCUGGGCAUCUUCGUGGGCAGCUGGGUGGCCUACGUGCACUACGCGUCCUACUCGGAGCUCUGCCGCGGCCACGUGUGCCGCGCCGUCAUCUGCGAGCAGUACAGGAAGGGGAUCAUCGCGGGCUCCACGUGCCGGGAGCUGUGCGAGGAGCUCACCCUGCGCUUCCAGCGCUGCCUCUCGUCCUCCGCCGCGCAGCAGGUGGGUCCCGCGGGCGCAGGGAGCGGCUGGCGGCGGCCCCCAAAAAGGGCCCCCCCCGGCAUCGAGGAGGCCCUCAAGGCGGGGGGCGGCCCGGACGCGGCGCCCCGGCGCGACGUGGUUCUCUUCGACAAGCCGACGCGCGGGACGUCCAUGGAUGAGUUCAGGGAAAUGCUCCUGAAUUUCCUCAAGUCCCACCUCGGAGACCAGCCGUCCCUCGCAGCCUUGGUCGGCCGGAUCAUCGCCAUGGCCGACGUCAACAGAGACGGGAAGGUGUCCUUGGCGGAGGCUAAAUCCAUCUGGGCGCUCCUGCAGCUCAACGAGUUCCUCCUCCUGCUCUCGCUGCACGAGAAGGAGCACACGCCGAAGCUGCUGGGCCACUGCGGGGACCUCUACGUCACCGAGAAGAUCCCCCACACGUCCCUGUACGGGACGGAGGUCCCCCGUGUCCUGCAGUCGCUGCUGCCCUCCGCCGUCCAGCGCCUCGUCCACCAGUGGGUCGCGCCAGCGUGGCCCCGACGGGCCAAAAUCGCCAUCGGCCUCUUGGAGUUCGUGGAGGAGAUUUUCCAUGGGACGUACGGGACCUUCUACAUCUGCGAGACCAGCUCCAGGAACGUGGGCUACAACGACAAGUACGACUUCAAGAUGGUCAACCUGAGGAAGGUGGCGACGGAGACGUCGGUGAGGGCCUUCCUCAAGGGGCGGCACUGCGAGCAGAACGGGGACUGCACCUACGGCAGGGACUGCACGGCCGCGUGCGACAAGCUGCUCAAGCAGUGCAAGGGCGACAUGGUGCAGCCCAACCUGGCCAAGGUGUGCGGGCUGCUGCAGGACUACGUGCUCCCCGGAGCGCCGGCCGAGCUGCGGGAAGAGCUGCGGAAGCAGCUCCGCACGUGCACCACCCUCAGCGGCCUGGCCAGCCAGAUGGAAGUGCAUCACUCCCUCGUGCUCAACAACCUCAAGACCUUGCUCUGGAAGAAGAUUUCCAACACCAAAUAUUCCUAGCGGG